UUCAGUUGUGUACCUUGCAGACUAUCAAAUAGUUAAGUUAGUGAUGGCUUACGUUCAGCAUGGCCAUGGCCACGACCAUGAGGAUGGGGUGGUGCUGCAGGCCAAGUCUCCUCCAGCGGUGGUGGCACUAGUGCUCUCCGCCCUGCUCGUCUGUCCUCUCCUCGUCCUCCUGGUGGUGCGCCGGCGCCGCUUUGGAACCAAAGAAGUGCUGCUGAGCAAGCUGCCUUCGCCUCCAAGCAGGCUCCCCAUCAUCGGCCACCUGCACCUCGUGGGCCCUCUCCCGCACGUCUCCCUCCGCGACCUCUCCUCCAAGCACGGGCGCGACGGCCUCAUGCUCCUCCACCUGGGUGCCGUCCCUACGCUCAUCGUCUCCUCGCCGAGCGCCGCGCAGGCCGUGCUCCGCACGCAGGACCACGUCUUCGCGUCCAGGGCCUACUCCCCGGUGACCGACAUCCUCUUCUACGGCUCCACGGACAUCGCCUUCUCGCCGUACGGCGAGCACUGGCGACAGGUCAAGAAGAUCGCCACCACACACCUCCUGACCAACAGGAAGGUCCGCUGCUACCGCCAUGCACGCGAGAAUGAGGUGAGGCUGGUGAUGUCUAAGAUCCGCGAGGCGGCCACCGCAGGCGCCGCCUUCGACCUGAGCGAGCAGCUCAACUCCUUCGCCAACGACAUCGUUUGCCACGCUGUGUCCGGCAAGUUCUUCAGGGAGGAAGGGCGGAACAAGCUCUUCCGGGAGCUGGUGGAGGCCAACUCGUCGCUCAUAGGGGGUUUCAACCUAGAGGACUACUUCCCGGUGCUGGUGAAGCUGGACAUGGUCAAGAGGAUGGUGUGUGCGAGGGCACGAAGGGUGAACAAGAUGUGGGACGAACUGCUCGAUACGCUCAUCGAUGACCAUGCAAGAAAGAAGCCGUCGUCGUCAGAGCGUGACGCUGACGCUGACGCUGACGCUGACGGGGAGGAGGAGAGUGAUUUCAUCCAUGUCUUGCUCUCCCUUCAGCAAGAGUACAACCUGACGAGAGAUCAGAUCAAGGCGCAGCUGGUGGUCAUGUUCGAAGCUGGCACUGACACAUCCUUCAUAGUGCUGGAAUACGCCAUGGUUCAGCUGAUGCGAAACCCCCACCUGAUGAGCAAGCUACAAGCCGAGGUGAGGAGCACCAUUAUUAAUAAGGGAACAGAGAUAGUCACCGAGGACGAGCUCCACAGCCUACCCUACCUCAAGGCAGUCGUCAAAGAGACGCUGCGGCUCCACAUGCCGGCUCCACUCCUCGUGCCCCACCUCUCCAUGGCCGACUGCACCAUACAAGGGUACACGAUACCGUCGGGAACACGAACCAUCGUCAACAGCUGGGCUCUCGCGAGGGACCCCAGCUGCUGGGAGAGAGCCGAGGAGUUCAUGCCCGAGCGCUUCAUGGAGGGCGGCAGUGCCGCAGCCAUGGACAGCAACAAGGGGAACGACUUCCAGUACAUACCGUUCGGGGCAGGGAGAAGGAUGUGCCCCGGCAUCAGCUUUGCGACCGCAGCUAUCCACCUCAUGCUCGCCAACCUUGUCUACCACUUCGACUGGGAGCUGCCUGCGGAAUCGGCCAGCAAAGGCAUCGACAUGACUGAAUCGUUUGGGGUCACAGUGCACCGUACGGAGAAGCUCCUCCUUGUACCUGUACUUGCACAACAAGAUUGAUUCAUGUGUACGGAUGCAUGCAGCCUCCUAUCAUGCAUGAUAAGAUCGACAUGCUUGUUGGACAUGCAUGCAGCCUCCUAUCAUGCAUGUGUACGGAUGCAUGUGUACGGAGAAGCUCCUCCUUGUCCCUGUACAUGUGAAUCUGUGAUUGAUUGAUGUGUACGCUCGCAUGCAGCCUAUCAUGCAUGCAUGAUAAGACUAGCUUGGACUUGUUACGCAUACUAAAUAAACAAAUAAGCAUCUACUCUUGUUGUUGGCA